AUGGGUAAAGUAUUCUCUAAAGACGCUGGACUGACAGGCAAAUCAAUCGAGAAGUACUACCACGACCUUGCGAGGGACCAUGCGGCCCGCGCAGCUGCAGACCAGAAAGCCAAAGGUCAAGCUGGAAACGAGGAUACUGUCAACAGAGACUUCGAGGACGAGAAUCUGACUAGAAAGGCGUCUGGAAGUAUCCAACACGACGAUCCAGUCUCUGAGAUCAUCCGUACCGCAAACGUCGCGCCGGAAGCUCAGUACGAAGCUAGCGCCCAUCUCAGCACAGCUCUGCGCGCCUUGAAUAAGAAGGAGAUGGACACCUUUCAGCACUCGAUGGGCGCCCUGAUGAAGCUUGGCGUCGAUGUGAAGGUUGUGGGCAGGAAGACGCUAGAAUGGGUGAAAGCACAUCCCUGGGAGACAGCUGCCAUCAUCAAUCCGCUCAUUCUCCUCGCCUGCACUCCAUUUAUCCUCGGCGCUGUGGGGUUUACGUCUAGUGGUAUCGCAGCAGGAAGUAUCGCUGCAGGCAUCCAUGCCGGUAUUGGCAGCGUCGCAGCGGGCUCAGCGUUCGCAACGCUCACAAGUGCGGCCAUGGGAGGCUACGGGGCGAUUAUCGUGUUUGGUGGCGUGUGGGCAGUGCCGACUGCUGUUCUGGGAAUGGUUGCGAUCUGGAAGCGCUGGAAGGGUGGUAGGUCCAAGCAAGAGUAG